CUGUUGGUUUUGAUUUCCAUCUACCUUAUCGCUUCUUCUCCACUGUUCUCGUUCACAUAUAGCGACCAGUGAAGUGGACUGAAACUUCUAUACUAAAGCAAUGUUUCUCCGUUGCUUGCAGCGGAGUCGAUGCGGUGAUGGACCAGAACGUUCAGGAGAUGGCUUCCCAGCACGCCGAAUCAGCGGAGAAUGGUGAGCGGUAUGCUGGAGGUUAUCAAGAGGCCACAACCCUCCAUCCUUUGGAGGGCGACGGCGAAAACCUGGUGGCGGAUCACCGAUCCGGAAGACAGCUACCGCCAGACAGAACUGGACAGAACCCGAUCCUCAGUUACCUGCUGCAGAGGGCGAACACCAACACUACUGGUUAUUCAAGUGCCUCUAGAGGGGGUGUGCGGCGAAGGAUAACGCACCAGGAGACUAUAGUUGACCCAAGGCAGCCAUUCCCCGCGGCAGUGAGCGGUGUUCCACAGGGGCAAGUAGCCGGCCCACAAAUUUCUGGAGUUCCAAGCACAGGGCAGAAUAAUUUCGGUACCAACAUGCAGGCGGUUCCUCCACAGAACUACCCUGCCACUGGUUCUCCUGUUCAGAGCCCGGGUAGCCAGAAUUUCAUCGCACAAAGCGGACAAACGUAUCCUGUCACCAGUCAACCGUCUGGCAGCGUACGCAACGAUGGGAAAGUGCCUGACGUUAACCUAUUUACCACCAUGAAUUUCUACCCGUCGAUCGUUGCAGGGCAGCCGUAUCCGUACGCAUCAGCCGUAGACAGCAACAGACUCGAAAGUGGCGUGCAGGGACGCAUCAGUUGGCCGUUUUCCGAUUACUUCCCCAUUGUUAUUAAAGAUCCGAUCAACCAUUUUUACAACGCCUUCACCACCAUGGUCGAGUACGGACCAGAGUCGGACGUCUGCGGAGGAGACUUUGGGGACGAACGGGACGAGAGCAAGAAGAACGGCAAGGGCAGACACCGAGGGAGGACCGGUCGCGCAGAUGCCACCAGUUUCACUGGCGAGGAAGAAGGGUCUGGCUCGCAGGGUAGCAGCGCGGAGGUCGCGAAGCCAGUGGAGCUGUCCACUGUACAGUACGGACCCGUGGUGGCCAGGCUUUUAGUGCAGAAGGGAGGUGUGGCCAUUGCCGGGCCAGGAGGCUCUGCAGACAGCGGGAUUGGAGGGACAUCCGUGGUAGGACCCGGAGGGAUCGUCUAUGCCAGGCCCAACGGACUCGCAAUCUUGGGUCCUGGAGCCAAAGUGAUCAGCCUGCCCGUGGGGUCCUCGGAACCCAGAAGUGCCAGGGAUCCCCUGCCUGCCGGAGCAAGAAUACUCGCCGUCGGCCCAACUGUGUAUUUCCAUUCAGCCACUCUCUAGUAAUCUACACUGGCAUAUCAAUCCCUGUACAUAAACAUUCACAACUGUGCCUGCAACAAGAGAAUGUUAUUUAUUAAGAGCAACUAUUUUAAUAAAUGCCAGUCACUAUGCUAUAAUUGCACUUGACUUAACAUUUGUUGUUGUUGUUGUUGUCUUCAGUCCUGAGACUGGUUUGAUGCAGCUCUCCAUGCUAUUCUAUCCUGUGCAAGCUUCUUCAUCUCCCAGUACUUACUGCAACAUACAUCCUUCUGAA